AUUUUGUGUGCCCACCCUUUGCUUCCUUUACAGCUUGCCCAAAUACUUUUGCCUGCGACUGUAAAUUGUCACAUCUCUGCAUAAUUAUCUUGAGCCAGUAGUUUUUUCUUGGUUUCUGUGCAAUUGGUUUUAUUUUUAAUUUGCCACUUGGUAAAACAAAUAUUCACAUUGGCUUACAUGUAACAUAUGUAUUGGUAAUGGCUUAAAUCAUGACCUGAACACCCCCUGCCAUUCGGGCCAGAAAAAACAGGUAGGCCUAGUUGCAGCAGAAAGGAAUAUCUACUAGAAACUAUCCUCUGGGCAUCAAGUAUUUAUCCUGUAUGCCCAUCGUUCACUUUCCGAGCUCUACCCCUCUCCAACAUCAACUCACCUUGACCCUAACCCAACCCCAACCCUAACCCUAACCGUUUAGAAUCAUCUAAUGCCCUGAGGACAGUUUCUAGUGGAUAUUUAUUUGUGUUGCUGGCAUACUUACAGAGUUAACAUUUAAAAAAACAGUAAUAUUAUUAUGAUUCACUCACUGGCAUUAUGUCGCUCACAAUGUCGUCGCUUUACUGGUAAAGAGAAUGAGAUGUGAUAUCUUUUAUUGGACUAACUAAACAAUAAUAAAUCACACCCUUUUAGAUCUCUUUUCUAUUUUCACCUGAAAAAAAAAGCUUUAAGGUUUUGAAAGCUCAUGAUUAAUUAGUGUUAGUUAGUCCAAUAACAGAUAUCACGUCUCCAUCUCUUUGUCUAUCAUCUCUGGACAGAAAGGGCUACCAUUUCAAGUAUCACUGACUGGUAAAUGCAGGUAGUUUUACAUAGUGUCGUCACAUCCUAUUUCCUCUUUUUGCACUUAUAUAUAUAAAUAUAUAUAUGCAUUGCAAUGCUGCACUGUUUAGCUUGUUCCUUGUUUUUAUCAUACAGUAGCACUGUAGCACAGUAGUUGCGUUGAUAUGGUUUUAAAAGAGCUCCUGCUUGUAUGUUUGUUGCAUGUCUGUUAUUCAAAUGCUGGGGGUGGCCCAGCAGUACACAAGGUAAUAGAACCAAAAAGAGUAGAGUUUCGCUCUCUAAACUAUAACAAUGUCUUGCAUUGGAAAUCGGGGAAGCGACUGGACAUCAAACCUCUUUACUUUGUACAGUAUAAAAUCUAUGGUGACACACGAUGGUCCAAUAAGACAGCCUGUUGGGGGAUCAAUGAAAAGUUCUGUGACCUCAGCAAGGAGACUUCAGAUAACAGAGAGUGGUACUAUGCCAGAGUGUGUGCAGCUACGCCUGAUGUGCAGUCAGACUGGGUUUUCAGCCAGAAAUUCAUUCCAUAUUUAACAACUGUUAUUGGUCCCCCUGAGACCAAACUCUGGGCCAGGGAGACUUCCAUACUGGUCCAACUCAAACCUCCACAUUCUCCAUUCAAAAGAAGGAACGGUUCCUGGAUUUCAAUGAAGAGACUUCAUGAUUUGAAAUACAGAAUAUACAUCACCAACAACGAACUGGAUCAGUUAAAGCAUGUUCUUGAAGGAUGGAACAGAACAGUACAGAUAGAAAAUCUGACACCUAGAACAACCUACUGUGUGGUGACUGAGAUCAUCAUGGUUUCGCAGGCAAGAAAAAGUCAGCCGAGUGAGAAAAAGUGUAUAAAAACACUUUGAGGAGUCUGGAAGAGCGGCGAAGGAGCGGCUGACAGGUGGGCUUAGAAGGCAGAGUUUUUUUUUUAAAAGGGGAGAUCCUUGGAAGAUAAAUUAAGAAGCUCUAAGAAAGGACUGUAGGGGUAUUUUUGCUGCAGAAUGUUUUUACUUAUUUUACCGUACACAAACAGGGAGAAUGCCACAUUCAAAUGUGAUGAAAGAAGGUGGAAAACAACACUGGGCAGGAUGUGGACUUUCUGAAUAAUCGUUCUGUAUGAUACAUAGAUCUAUUACUUACUGUAAUAUACAAGAAAAUGUAAUAUUAAUGCAAUAAGCUUUUAAAAUAGUUUCACCUUACAGAUAACAGAGAGCCAACACUUCUCCAAAUGUACUGCAUGCUGAAGUAGAACAUUUUCUUUCCAUGCCUUUCCUUUAAACUUGCAAUCAAGGUGUCAUUCCACAUUUUCAAGAAUGGACAAAUAAUACUUAUUUAAGAUUCAGGGAAAGUUUGCUUUUACAUGUGGUUAAUAUCUACAUUGAAGCUGAGAUAUCACUAUUAUUGCUUACUGAGAUUAACGUGCCGAUUUAUGCUAUUCUUAUAUUAACCUUGUUUUCUACUUUGGUCCAUUACUUUAUGUUUGAAGUUUUGAUAAAAUGUAUAAAAGAUAUAAAGGUGUUGCAUGUUUCCUUUGCGCUUUUGAAGUUGUUUGGGAGAAAUCUGUAACUGAGCGCUAAGUGAAUUAAACCAUUACACACAUUAAUUAUCUUUAAUUGGAUAUCUAAACACCAGUUCUCCCAACAAUUCCAUGCACUGUGCAGUUUUCAAUGUUUAUAAAAACGUUUAUUUUAAUUUUAAAACAUGACAUCUGGUACUACAGUAGGUUAAAGAAAUCGGCCCUCCUUUCAGGAAGUCUUGCACUUUAUUGAUUAUUUAAACCGGGAGAGUGAAAUUGUCUCCACUUCUUAACGGCCUUCUUUCUUGUAACCUUGAUGUGUGGUUUAGGUGGGUGGAGCUAUUUUCAACUAAAGCAGCCUUUUGUCUUGCAUUGGAAAAUACCUCUUACAGACUGGUCCCAGCUUGAUCCUGAUCAGUUCAAUAGGUUCUUCAGUGGCCUUCGAGCAAACACAUCUCUCUGCCCCAAAUCUGCUUCCACAUCGGCUUCAACUUACUCCUCGUCUGUUCUUAACAACGCCCCCCCCCCCCCAACUCCCCAUCUUCAAGAACUGCCUCUCUGCCACCAUUUAUAUCAGCGCUUCAGCCCCUCCUUCUUCAUCUUUCAAAGAUGUCCACGGCAUACUAUAGCAAAGUGUGCAGGGGCAGGUGUGCAGGGGCAGGUGUGCAGCGGUGAUCAAUAAACUGACAGACAAUGAUCAUCCAGGUGCAAUGGUGUUUUAUGUUAAAUCGAAGUGUCUGAUGACACAAAACACACAGU